AUGGCUAGUCCUCCAGUUCUAGCUUUCGAUGCCGAGGGCCGUCCAGUGAAGUUCGAAACCUGGCUAGAUGACCUGCACCUGUUCCUACAGCUCACUGCCAAGGAAGAUAUCUCACUGUACGACCACGCCCUAGGCCAUGCCACUGCCCCUGACUCGACUGCUGACAGCACUCUGCGUUCCCAGUGGCAGACCCGUGAUGCGCACGCUCGCUUUGCUAUUCGCAACUCCCUGCCGCUAGACGAGCGCGAGCACUUCGGCCAGUGCAAGACUGCUAAGGACCUCUACACCGCUGUAGUUGCCCGCUACUCCUCACCCGCUUCUGCCACGCUAGGCCGCCUCACUCUCCCCUACCUGUUCCCCGACCUAGCCUCCUUUCACACUGUCGCAGACCUCAUCACCCACCUUAAGACUAGUGAGGCCCGCUUUCGCGCUGCUAUGCCUGCCGAGUUUCUCACUAGCAACCCCCCCCCGCUCUGGAUCACUCUCUACCACAUCGUCACCCGCCUCCCUGACUCUCUGCGCGCAGUCAGGGACCACUUCCUCUCUCGCUCCCCCACUGAGCUCACUGUUGCCCUCCUCGAGAAGGAACUGCUUGCAGCUGAGGCGAGUAUCGUCGCUGUAGGCACCUCUCGUGGCGACCCCCGCACCCCGUUCUUUGAGGGGUGUUCCCCUUCCCCCCUCCUCCCCUCUGUCGCCUCUGCUGCUGCUGUCGACCUUCUUGGUGCUGAGAAGGUCGGGACCGCGUCUGCUUCGAGCGGGCGCCGCAGGAACAAGGGGGGCAGGGGUGGGGGUGGCGGCGGAGGAGGUGGGGGUGGAGGCGGUGGGAGUGGAGGCGCGGCUGGGGAGACUAGUGGCGGCAGUGGGGGAGGAGACAGCAGCGGUGGGAGUGGUGGCGGAGGCGGCGGCGGAGGCGGAGGUGGUCGUGGCGGCGGCAGGGGUGGAGGUGGCCGGGGCGGCGGCGGUGGGGGUGGUGGUCGUGGAGGCACUGGCGGAGGGCAGAGUCAGCAGCCCGCCCCGACGCUUCAGGCCGCCCGUGAGUGGUAUGCGCAGCGUGGCUUUACCUGCACGUACGUCAUUCGCACAGGUGACCGCAGCGGCCAGCAGUGUGGGAGGCCGCACCCCACGCAGCGCUGCUUCGCGCGCCUUACCGACGCGUGGCGCACUCAGUUUCCUGCUGCCACUGAGCUGCCGCGCUGGGCUGAUCUGGAAAAGAGGGGUGUUGAUAUUUGGGCUUUAGACUUUGAUGCUAUUCUCACUGCCAUGUAUGCAAUGUCUCUUAGUGGAGAGGGUGCUCAGUACUUGCGUGUUCCGCCCGACCCGGGCAUUCAGGCCAGUCCGGCUGCCGCUCUAGGUGCUAGUGCGUCUGCUCCCACAGGUCCUGGUGAGGCUGCAGCCCUAGGUGCUAGUGCGUCCGUGCCCCCUGGUACUGAGUCGACUGCAGCACUGCACACCUUCAUACUGGACUCAGGUGCUUCUCGCUCCUUCUUUCGUGACCGCACUGUCCUUGAGCCACUCGCUCGGCCAGUUGCUGUCUCCCUUGCUGACCCCUCUGGGGGUCCGGUCAUUGCGACCUCCUCCACUGUCCUUCCUUGUCCGGCGGUCCCGUCCGGCACGCUGUCAGGUCUCUACCUCCCCUCGUUCUCCACGAACUUGGUGGCAGGUAGUGCGCUCCAGGACGGGGGUGUUCACCAGUUCACCCCCGCCUACGAGCGCGUGACACACUGCACGUAUGCUCGGACGGGUCGCCACCUGGCUACCUUCACUCGGCAGCCGGGGUCGGACCUUUACACACUGACCACUGAGUCCCCUCAGGUAGCUGCGUCCGCGUCUACGUCUGCGUCAGGUCAGCUGUCCGCCCCCUGCUCUCUGGCGCAUGAGACUGUCCUUUGGCACCACCGCCUUGGUCACCCGCCUUGGCACCAACGCUGA